CUAAUUUUGCUCUGGUUUAGUUUAUGUUUAUUUUAGCUUAUCAUUUUGGAAACUGCUUUAGUGUUCGUGGAGAGAUUCAAUCUCUGACUGGGUUAUUCUCCAAUCAUUUUCUUUUGGUAUCUGUUUACUUUUCAAAAUUUUCAACUGUAUUGAUUUUCUUUACGAACUUUUGUGACGAUAUAGCUAUGUGUUUUCAAUUGCCUUCAUCUUAGUGCCAGAUUGUUGACCUAUGGCAACUGAACUGCAUUAGGGGUUUUCUUUUUGUUGCUUUUUAAAUUGGACAAAAAUGAAAACUUGAAAUAGGAAAACUAUAGAUAAAGUUAUAUGUAAGAGUUUGCCCAAGAAGCAAACUUUGGCACCAGAGAUUUCGUAAAUGGAAACACUCAUCUGAGGAAAUCUUCAUAUCCAUUGUAAUUUGGUAAUAGUUGGGUCAGCCAAAGGUGUUGAGGCAAGUUCCUAGUAAAUAUGAAACAAUUGAAUUGAAAUUAAUAUUCCAAAAAUAUAUAUACAAAUAAAAAGAAGAUUUUUUUUUUUUUGAUAUAUUGGUGAUUUGGGAUGGACAUUUAGGUCUUCAUCUUUCCUUACUUGUUUUCGUGCAAUCCAUGUGUUUGAUGAAAUUCCUAAACUAAACUUCAUUUUAUCUUUCUACGAGUAGGCUAAACUCUGUUUGUAUCAUGUGUGAUAAACAAAUUUUUGCUCUACAAUUUUGAUAUUAGCGAUCCCAUAAACUACUACUAGAAGAUUCAACCAUGUAGAAUGCUGCAGAAUCACGAACUAUUGCUCUUAGAGCCUCCAGCUGUGAAAAAAUAAGCUAGCAUUCAUGCCAAUGUGUUCUUUCUGCGAGCUUCUCUUCUCCAAUAGUCUACAACUAUUGAACAAUAUAACACCAAAAGCAUAUUUCUUAAGCUAGCUAAAUAUACUAAAAUUCAACUUAAAGGUGAGAAACUGAUCCAAAUAUUUGGUAUGAUUAUGAGACUCUCUCUCUUUCUCCAAUAUGUUUCUUGACCAGUAUUGAUUUCAAUUGCCGUUUAUUUUUUAAUUUGUACCCUUUACUUCCUGAAGAUGGGAUCCUUAGUACUUAUAGUAGUAAUAUUGAUAAUCAAUUUGUCCAAAUAUGUAGUUGUAUUGUUAUUCUUAUUGUUGCUCUGUAAAGCCACCAUUUGGCUUUUUCCCAAAUGCAAGUCUUGGCGUUAUCCUUAUCCACCUGGCCUUAAAAUUUUGACUUCUUUUAAUAUUAUUUGUAUCAUUAAAUCCACUAUUAGAACACAGACCGGUGUUGUGCAUUUUCAACUUCCUUAAGUUGCAAGUGCUAUGGUUUUAUUUGAGUUGAUGUUUGAUGAGACUGAGAGCUCAAUCUUUUGUUCCGAUUCAUGAGCAGGGGCAAACACAUUGUUUGCUGUACAGGGUAAGAUAACAUGGCGGCGGAAGAGGAAACCAGCCCUUCACCAACUCCAAUGGAAUCUUCUUCUCCAAUUCCUGAUGAUGAAUCUCUAACAUCUGCUGCAAAUACUAUUCCAGUUCAACCAGUCUUCUCUAUUAUUCCACCAGUAAUCCCUCCCCCAAUUGUGCCUCCAGUUGUACCUCCCAUGGUCCCUGCAAUGGCUCCAAUUCCUACGGUUCCUGCAAUGGCUCCAAUUCCUACGGUUCCAGCUCCCCCCAUUCUUCGUCCAUUAGCACCUUUACCAGUCCGCCCUCCUGUUAUUAGGCCCCCCGUACCACAAAAUGGUGAGGUGGUAACAAGUGACUCAGAUUCAGACGACGACUCAGGCCCUUCCCGCUCUGCUCCUGGUUCAACUAUGGAGUAUGAGAUAUCAGAGGAGAGCAAACAAAUAAGAGAGCGGCAGGAAAAAGCAAUGCAAGAACUGAUGAUGAAGCGACGUGCUUCUGCCCUCGCAGUUCCUACUAACGAUGCGUCUGUUCGUGCACGUCUACGCCGGCUUGGCGAACCCAUUACACUAUUUGGAGAAAGAGAGAUGGAACGACGGGAUAGGCUGAGAAUGAUCAUGGCAAAGUUAGAUGCUGAAGGGCAGCUGGAGAAGCUGAUGAAAGCUCACGAGGAAGAGGAGGCUGCAGCUUCUGCUGCAAUGGAAGAUACUGAAGAAGAAAUGCUUCAAUACCCUUUUUACACUGAAGGAUCUAAAGCUCUUUUGGAUGCUAGAAUUGAUAUUGCAAAGUAUUCAAUAGUGAGGGCAGCCUCACGUCUUCAACGUGCACGGAGGAGAAGAGAAGAUCCUGAUGAGGACAUGGAUGCAGAGAUGGAUUGGGUUCUGAAUCAGGCAAGGACCUUAGCCCUUGAUUGCAGUGAGAUUGGGGAUGAUCGUCCACUUUCUGGUUGCUCCUUCUCGCAAGAUGGAAAACUACUUGCCACCUGUGCUUUGAGUGGAGUUGCUAAGCUGUGGAGCAUGCCCCAAGUGACAAAGGUUGCCACCUUAAAGGGACACACAGAGCGACUGACUGAUGUCAUAUUUUCUCCAACGGACAAUAUUGUAGCAACUGCCUCUGCUGACCGGACUGCGAGGCUGUGGAACACUGACGGAUCUCUCUUGAAAACAUUUGAGGGCCAUCUAGACCGUCUUGCACGGAUCAAUUUCCAUCCAUCUGGAAAGUACUUGGGCACAACUAGCUUUGAUAAGACGUGGAGAUUGUGGGAUGUAGAUACUGGUGUGGAGUUGCUUCUUCAAGAAGGCCACAGCAGAAGUGUCUACGGACUAGCCUUUAACCAAGAUGGAUCCCUGGCAGCAUCUUGUGGUCUGGAUUCCCUUGCACGUGUUUGGGAUCUCAGAACUGGCCGAAGUAUUCUUGCCUUGGAAGGCCAUGUUAAGCCAGUUCUUGCCUUAAGUUUCUCAGGAAAUGGCUAUUAUUUAGCAUCAGGGGGAGAAGAUAACACAUGUCGCAUAUGGGAUUUAAGAAAGAAAAAAUCUUUGUACACCAUUCCAGCCCACUCGAACCUCAUUUCUCAGGUCAAAUUUGAGCCUCAAGAAGGAUACUUUCUGGUAACGGCCUCAUAUGAUAUGACAGCCAAGAUUUGGUCAGCACGAGAUUUUAAGCCUGUGAAAACACUUUCUGGACAUGAAGCUAAAGUUACUUCAUUAGAUGUAUCGGGAGAUGGAAAUUGCAUUGCUACCGUGUCGCAUGACCGGACAAUCAAGCUUUGGUCCAGCAGUGGCACCGGAGAGGACGAUCGUCCUGAAAUGGAGGUUGACUAGAUAUCAAAUGUUUUGACCUCUUUGAAGAGAUUAUAAAAUUUUGGGUUCGUCCUAAUCAUUGAAGACUGAAGUUUUGACUCAAGAACAGCAUUUUAGAGACAUGAAAGUUGAUCGUGCCUGCUAGGACUUCUCUAUUCGAUGCUGAGUUAGUGAGUUACCAUUCCCAUUUUAGCUACUAACACAGACCAAAUAAUUUAACACCUUUUUUUUUUUAUGAAAUCCAUGGUGACAAACAAGUACAAGUAGUUCCUCUGUUUUAGAUCAGAGAUUGUGAAGUAAAAAAGCUGUGCAAUUUGUUGGCAUCUUGUCGUUUUAAAUUGAAUUUUGUACUGAUUACGUGUAUUUCUCGAAUUUAUUUUGUGAUCGAAGAAGUACUAAUUAAACAUUUUUUUACUAAAAUGGAAAAAAAUUCCUUGUAUUAUGUUUUA